AUGCCUUCUUUCUCAUUCCUCAGUCCCUCCAAAGCCAAAGCCAAAGCCAGAGCCAACGCCAACGCCAACGCCAACGCCAACGCCAACGCCAACGCCAAUGCCAAAAGAGAUCGUCAGAAGGCUCCUUCCCGUCGCGACAGCAGCCAUGAGAGCAGCACAGAUCAGAAGGCUCAACGGAGACAGUCCAAACGCGAUUAUCUCCGCAGUUUCUGGAGGCUGUCCAGCCUAUCCCACGAAUCCCGAGCCGACCGCCGUGCGAGUGGGCGGAGCACGCUGCGCCCAAGGCAAACGAAUUCCGAACCGGGAUCCGAACCGGAACCGGAACCGGAACCGGAACAGGCAGUCGCAUCUCCUGCAAAACUGCCAGAGUCCCCAGUCUCUCCCAUGGACAAGGACAAACCUCUGCCCCCCCCACCUUCGUUGGGCUUUCCGGAAAGCAUGCCUCCGGCGAAGGCUUCCGUCCAACUCGAGCGCAUCAUCUCGCCUAUCACAAGAGACGAACUGCAUCAGAUAUUCUCUGGAGCGCCUCAAUUCUAUGCCAGGGCAGAAGGGCACUAUACAGGCGCGCCGCAUCCUUCUGUCUGCUUCCCAUGGGAUGGUGACAUAAAGGUACGGGAUCUCACUGAUCACUGGAGAAUUCACGAUGAGGCAUGGGGAUAUGUCACGGCGUGGCCGCAUAUUACCAUACAAAGUAGCAGGAAUCCUUUUGCGAUAGAGAAACACCAUCAGAAGCGGAAAGCGCAUUACCUGCCCAGGUGUCGCGAAAGACCAAAUAUGUUGAGCAUGCACGGGAUUGAAAGGGGCACGAUGGGAUAUCAAGCUGCGCUGGAGAUGGGGGUUGCAGAUGCGCUCGAGAUCCCGGAUGGGCAUGUGGACACGAGUCCCGAGGUGGUUAAUGAACAUAGGAAGCAUUUUCUGAAUGGCAAGGAUGGGCUGAGACCGAUUCCGGAUAGUCUUCUCAUUGACCGUUUGCUCGACAUCAGUAGGGUGUACCACGAGGAUCCGGAGAAGAACCCGAGGCCGAGCUUUCAGCUGUACUCUGAGCUUUUCGCAGCGAUUUUAUUUCCUCCGUCGAAAAUUACUGAUCACAACGAUCCUUACAGCCUCGUCAUUCAAGUCGAGGCCUUGCUCGAGGUGCUAGCUGCGCCUAUAGUUUGGGUGGACUUUAGUCUGGUUGAAUGGCGAAUUAGACUUGGCCAAAUACUCUGGGGUGUAGCCCUUGAUCUGGAUCAGGAAGAUGGAGUUUCUAUCAACAAUGAGAUGGCUCGUGACCCUGGAACCGAACGAUACUGGCUGCUGGUGCAAAUUCUGCUGUCGUGCGAACUACUAACUCGGCUGGAUGCUAUAUCUGUGAAGAUGGACGAUGGCGUGAAGAUAGCGUCACCCAUGGAGAUCCGGGACUUCGAGCAGAUGGCAACGACGAGCAUCAAAUGGUCGCUUCUACUGGCUCGUACCUGGUUAGAGAACAUCACCAUCGAAAGGCCGGCUGUGACUAUUGCGGACAAGAAGCCAGGAUGGCGAGCGGCUUUCUCGUCAGCCGCAAAUCCCGAACCAAUGUUAGCUGAUAGAAUUGAGGAUAUCCGUUUUACCGGGAGGCACCAAAGUCGGCAACUCAGUGGACUUCUCCAUUUUGCGCGGAACAUUCAUUGGCCAGAUCUGGACAGCUUGACCGCGAAAGCGGCGGCGAAUGGUAUUACGAUUUCCGACAGCAUUCGAAGCACUCCCGUCGGAACACCCCUAUCGGUGUCUACACACCGGUCCUCGUACUUCGCGAAUCGACGACCACAAGUGAAGCGAGGGAUUUCACUUUCCAGGCACGUUCCGACCAUGAUCUACCCUGCGGGAUGGCUCUCCAAUUCUUAUAUUAGCGGACUAAUUCUACCAGGCGAAGGACUAAGCCAUUUUCUGAUUUCCACGUUGCUAGAGAAUGAUCCGAUUGCAUUGUCGCGGUUGGGUGACCAGGCGAAUCUUUAUGGUGGCUUCAUCUACCAGGGCAAAAGCUACUGGAGUACAGCGUGCAUUGUUGGACGGGUUUUGGCCGCCGGGAAGGGUGCGACGGAUUGUAUGGGCUGGGUUUACUCUGAGGUAUUGCCGAGGGGAGCGAAGGAGGGCUGGAUGGAUAUUGAGCUGGAGGAGACUCGAGAGCUGGCUAUCUUAUCUUCAAACGAGGAGCAAAACAACCCAAGACUCUGGCAGAAGCAAGCAGUGGAACACGAUAGCCACGUGGUUAAAGGAGCAGAAGGACUCUCUGGUGUGCUUCCAGGAGACUUUGUCGUCCCUUCAGAUGAGCCUACCGACAUAGAUAUCUGCGUUCACCUCGAGUCUCUGGACAUGUUCGAAGCCAAGGAUUCUAUCCUUUCGACACCCACUGAAGAGGAGCCUACCCCGUUCUCGCGGCUCAGCCUCGCUCCGACGGUCAAGACUUAUUCCGCAAUGAUGCGCUUUAUGGUUCUGGGAACUGAGAUGGCCAGUCGGGAAUUGAAUGUGGCGCUGAAUCACGAUGUGCAUUUCGUUACUGCGCAUCCAUGUAUCCCUUCUUCGCAUGUGGAGCUCUUGCGGUCGUCUUUGAGGCUGACUGAUAAGUACGCAGCCCACCCUCUCCACACGAACUAUACUUUCCACAAGACAUCUCUUUGUUCUCUCUUUUCUCCCCUUGGGCCCGCGCAGGAUCUGAAGACCAUCGAUCUCAUCGCGGCUGGGUUCCCCCCUAGGUCCCCUGAUCACACGAAUAUCGCCGUUUCUUCUGGUACACCCCAAUUCUUGAUCAUCGACUGUACCGACGCGUCACUGGCCUCGCUCCCUCCCCGAUCCGGAAGCGCGAGCCCACACAGUAGUAUGCGGGAGAGAGAAAAGAAAGAGAAGGCGAAAGGAGGUAGCGAUUUGGAGAUGCUGGCCAGGGCGGUUUGUGCGGAACGCGGGUGGAAUGCUGUGAUAAGUCGAAGGGGGCGGGGCUGUCUCGCUUGUGCUGUGAGGGAGGCCGGCGCGCUGGCUUGGAGGGUUGUGUUGAGACUUGCGUGA